UUCGCGCGAGAUCCUAAAGCAGUGUCCUGGUGUCUGUGUCCGGCUGCGUGUUUGAUCUGUUACUCAUCUGUUACUCUGUUUAAUAUAAAUAUACAAUUUACAUCAAAGGCAUCGUUUCAUUUCGGUUAGAAGUUCAUCAGAAGGUCUCAGUCAUGUUCUCAGACGUCGCGGUGCCGAAGCAGACGCUGCUGAGUCCCCCGAGCUCGGAGCGGCCGGUGUUCGAGCGCUCGGAGACGUCGUACUCGGCCUGCUCGGAGUGUUUCCAUCUCGGAGAGCGCAGCUUCAGCCGUCAGUACGCUCACAUCUACGCCACGCGCCUCAUGCACAUGCGCGAGAUCCUGAGCGAGAGAGCGCGGCAGAAAUGGGGGUCGGUGGUGCCGAUCAGGAAGCUGUGUGACCUGCAGACGGGUGAGAGGUGCGUGAUCGUCGGCACGCUGUUCAAACACAUGGAGCUGCAGCCGUCCAUCCUGAAGGAGAUCAGUGAGGAGCACAACCUGCUCCCGCAGCCUCCUCGGACCAAACACAUCAGCCAAUCAGACGAGCUGAUCCUGGAGGACGAGCUGCAGAGGAUCAAACUGGAGGGCAAUAUGGAAACCUGCAAGUUUGUUACUGGAAGUGUGAUCGCUGUCCUGGGCGCAGAGAAAAACGACGGGAAAUUCACAGUGGAGGAUUUCUGCCUGGCUGAUCUGCCUCCUCAGACUCCCAGAGAACCGUUAAACACUGACAGGUUCGUGCUCCUGGCCUCUGGUCUGGGUUUGGGUGGGAGCGGAGCAGAGAGCAUGCUGGGAUUGCAGCUGCUGGUCGACACGGUAACGGGUCACCUGGGCGAUGAAGGGGAGCAGAGCGGCGCGGCGUCUGUCUCUCGCGUCCUGCUGGCUGGAAACCUGCUGAGUCGCAGCACGCAGGACAAAGACUCCAGCUCCAAGGCGAAGUAUCUGACCAAGAAGACGCAGGCGGGGAGCGUGGAGGCCAUCAGACUGCUGGACGAGCUGCUGGUUCAACUGGUGGCCUCCGUAGCGGUGGACGUGAUGCCGGGAGAGUUCGACCCCACUAACUACACCCUGCCCCAGCAGCCCCUGCACGGCUGCAUGUUCCCCCUGUGUGGCUCGUACCGCACCCUGCAGCUCGUCACCAACCCCUACCAGGCCGCGCUGGACGGCGUACGUUUCCUCGGGACGUCAGGACAGAACGUGAGCGACAUCGUGAAGUACAGCAGCGUAGACGAUCACCUGGAGAUCCUGGAGAACACACUGCGACUCAGACACCUCGCUCCUACUGCACCCGACACACUCGGUUGUUACCCGUUCUACCAGAAGGACCCGUUCAUCCUUAAUGAGUGUCCUCAUGUGUACUUCAGUGGAAACGCGCCAAGCUACCAGUCGAAACGCAUCACAGGUCCUGAAGGUCAGGAGGUGCUGCUGGUGACGAUUCCAGAAUUCAGCAGUACUCAGACGGCGUGCCUGGUAAACCUUCGCACGCUUGAGUGCGAACCAAUCAGAUUCUCCGCCUUUUCCGCUGAUGAUGAUGAGGAGAACGAGAUGAAUGUCAGUCACUAAACAGCGUCAAAUGUCAGACUUUGUGGUUGUGUUUUCUUAAACAAACCGUUGAGCAGGAGGAGAAGCCCUCUGUAAUUACCAAGAAAUGCUAAAUAUUCAAAUAAAAAAUGUGUAAGCGAUGUGUUAAUGAAUUAAUUAAAUUAAUUAUAAUUAAUAAAAAUUUUUAUUGGCAAGUAUGUCAGACAAUAGGUUUGAUAAAAAUCAUUCAUGUUUUUGAGUAUUUUGAAGCUGUGGGUUUGUAAACAAGUUCAAACUUUGGAAAAUCCAUAAUCAAGCUUUUAUUGGAUGAAACAAGUCCAUUCAACCUUAAGGUCUCUCUGAGAGAAACGUUUCCUGUAGACCAUGUGCAGUGCUGACAGAGGUGCUUACUUGUGUGAAAGAAGUGUAAAUAAAGUCACUUUUUUGUAUAAA